GUGUCAUCAGUGCUUGUUUAAUCAAGCCCACUUCAUCUGGACUGUUCAGAACCAGCGUUCCAAGCCGUCUCCUUCAUUGUGCCACCCCCCAUGACGGACGGAAAUGUCACUGCGGAACAUUUCUCGCCCACGAGCUUCUCGAAGCUGUGAUAACUGCCGGGCCGUCAAACGACGUUGUGACCAGCAAAUUCCUCAUUGUGGACAAUGCACUCGUUUGCGGGAGAAAUGCCCUGGGUACCGAGAUGACUGGGAACUCAUCUUUCGCGACCAGACCGAUCGCACCAUAAGGCGUGCUAAGGAGAAAAGCGCGAAAUGCGCGUCUGCUAGCGGAGCUAGCUACUCACCCUCGCCCAUCUCCUGCCCUGGACCCAGCAUUGACGAGAUCGGCGUCAACUACUUCCUGCACAACUUCGUCAUUGGGGGCCACUCUCCUUCACGUGGAUUCCUGAACUACAUUCCGACUGUUUUUAACGCUGAUAACCAACACCCGACACUGGUGGCCAGCAUGGCGGCUGUAGGUCUCGUAGCGCUGGCCAAUUCCACUCAACAGCCCGAACUGGUCAGUCAUGCGCGCAUCAAAUACUCGGAGGCGAUCCGAAAUGUGAACGCGGCAUUGGCGUCGCCCGUCGAGUCCCUCAAGGAUAGCACCUUGAUGUCGGUCAUCUCCUUGGGUCUGUUCGAGCACGUGUCCAAUUUCGAGUCAUGGGUCCGGCACGUUCAGGGGGCCGCAGCGCUGGUGGUUGCCCGUGGCAAGGGCCAGUUUUCCAGUCCCGCCCAAAUCCUUAUGUUCAACCAAGUACGGGCAGAUAUGGUGGUGGUCUGUCUCCAUCAACGCCAGUCGUUCCCAGAUAAUAUGCGUGAGCUGCAGGAAGAGGCCACCAAGAACAUGAACGCCUCUUGCGGUUUCUGGCUGCUGGGCACGUUGGCUGUUCGGUGUGUGAACCUCUAUGAAAGCUUGGUCAACAACACCGGUGGCACCCCUGAUUCUGCUUUCCUGGAAGAAGGAACUUUCAUUCAGCAUGACUUUCAGCACGUCCCUGGGCUCCUCGCCACAGAAGAACCAUAUACAACCACUCUUGAUUCUGGGGGUGACCCGCAAGUAUUUUAUAACGGUCGAUUUGACCUGUACCGGUCUUCGUGGGCAAUCAGGCUCUGGAAUAAUUGGCGAAUGCUUCAGUUGUGUGUCUGCGAGAUUAUGUGCUAUCUUCUGAAAAAGGUUCUUGUCACUGAGCUCGAGCCUGUCGUCCGAACGCAUAUGACGCAGAAGCUCCAGGAAAGUCUACAAAUCCUGUCCAAGCUAGUGGAUGAUAUCCUCGCCACCGUCCCACAGGCUCUGGGACUUAUAUCUCCUACUUCCGAAUCCGAACACGAUUCCUCCAAUGCCUCCUCCCCUGCAAGCGUGCCGGGCGGGUAUAUGCUCAUCUGGUGUCUCUAUCUGGCAGGAAAAUCCCCGAACAUCAGAAGUCCAACCCGGAAAUGGAUCAUACAGCGUCUUCAGGCCAUUGGUGAGACUGCAGGUAACGCAAUGGCCCUGCAACUCCUCCAAGAUAUAAUUCGAAUCGACCAAUCGUCGGUUGGCCACCAGUGAUGAGGAGUUGGGUUUCAGGCUCAAAUCCCCGACCUCGUAUGCGAUGGUUGCGAAGAAGGCCUGAGGUAAAGGUA